CAUCAUUCGGUGUUCCUUGAUCUCAAGCAAACCAAUAGCAAUAUGAAGGUCCUUGCUCUAGUAAUCUUCGCGGUGGCGUCCGUUUCCAGCUCAGGGUCUGGGCCCUACCUGCCUAGUGGCUGGAGACCCCAGGGUCCUGCCUUCUACUUGCCUUCGGAGGUUCAGAAACCAUCAGAAAACCCUCUAAAAGACACCAUCCUGAAUGAAUCAGAAGCAUCAGGCUCAGACGCUCUCCGCGAAUACGGUCCUCCUAAAGUAGUCGAGGUCUCACAAGACCUGACUCGCCAGGCUCUUCCUGAGACCGAGACCGAACAGGCCUUCGUUGUUAUUGACGCUAAGUUUGCUGAAGAUAUCAACGGAGAAGAGAAAGAGGUUAAAGGAGAAGUGAAAGUUGCUGAAGAAAUCAAUAGCGAAGAUAAAGUUGGUGAGGAGAAUGUAGAAGUGAAAGAAGGAGAAGCUAGAGUGGUUGAAGUUGAGGAAGUUACUGAUGCUAUUGUUGAUGCUGUUGAAGUAACCACAGCGCAAAAAUCCACUGAAGAAGCAGUAACUGAAGUCAAUGAACAAUCAACUACCGAAGCUGCCCAGGCACCUCAAGGACGUGCUGUUGACGUUGCCAUUGAAAUAGAAGCCCAAGAAGCAACGACUGAAAAGGCAGAAGCAACCACUGAGGUCGCCGAAGUAAAGACAGUUGAAGCAGAUAGCAACGUUGAGUCUUCGCAAGUAGAACAAGUCAGUCAAGUUCAGGAUGUUCAGGAGGUCAACCAAGCUGAGGUCAGGACGAUUGAGGGUGUGCAGAAUGUUGCUGAGGCGCUCACUAAUUUGGAGAAGGAGAUUAAAGCUCAACAGGUUCAAUCCAACGAAGAAGCCAUUGAUGUGAAAUCUGUGCAAGUUUUAGGUUCCGAGCAACAAGCUCCUGAAGGAUUCCUGGAAUACGGACCCCCUGGCUUCAGAGAGUACGGACCUCCCCAAGCUGGUGAUCUUCUUAGAUCUGGAGCCAUUGUGCAGGAACAGACCGAAGAGGAACAGAAAAUCGAGACCAACGAGACUAGGAGGCGAAGAUAUUCUCCCAAACUAAGAUUCCGAAGAAACGGCAACUACACCCGCAAGAACUAGGAAGUCUUCAAAAUCUACGUCUUUUGAAAGAGCUCACCUGAUUGAAGUGACAGAGGCAACAUUUUCGUCAUCUUAGAAUAUUUUAUGUUAUCAGUAUUGCAAAUUUAAUAAAGAAUGAUGUGUUUUUAAACUGUCUUGUAAAUAAAAUUUAUUGAGACGUA